GGAGGAUGGACGGUGCUGGCCACAGGACCUCUUUCACCUUCUCCCAGGGAGGCCUCCAGCCCCCUCACAGGUCCUCCCUUUGCGGAAGCCCUCAGCCUAGGGCUGCCCUCCAGGACACUGGAGCCGUCAAUGAGGAAGCCUGGGUCCCAGCUGACCCUCGGCCCAUCUGGUUGCCCCUCAGCCCUGGAUCCUGUCUUCAAGCUAGGUGUUCAGCAGUCCUGUCCUGCUUCAUCCUCCUUGUUGAAGGCCCCACCUGUGUCCAGGUACCCACUGCCUCCUUGCCAACUCCACUUCCAUCACUGACCAGGAUGGCAUUUCUCUGUACAGACUCUGGGGAGGCCCGGAGGCCGAGGCUGGAGGUCAAGGCCUACCCCCAAGGACUUCCCAAAUUCCUAACGGUGCCUGGCAAGAGGACACACCCAAGUGAGCAGCAGAGGAUCAUUUCCUGCGGUCGCAGGGUCGCAGCACCUGCAACCCCUGCCCAGGCCCUGCGGUCCGUGCCAGGACACAGGCGGCAGCACGAGGACACGCCCUCCUUCCAACACUUCCCUGUGGCACACCCACCGCACCAUCCACUCCCCCUGCCUCCAGGCCCUCCACACCGGAGGCCCCAACCCUCGAGGGGGGCAGGAAGAGCCCUCAAGAGCCUCUGUGGGACAGCAUGUACAGUACAGGGCAGAACGGGGAGUCUGCCCAAGGCUCAGGCCUGUCGUCAAACCAGGAGGUUCUCCUGGGGAGGAAGAAGUCUCGGUGGCCAGCCGGGGUGGAGGCCCCGCUCCCACACUCUGAUCUGCACAGCUGGGCAUCCCUGUGCUGCUUUACAGAGGCUGAGACACAGGCCCCCAGCAGAUUGUCCAGCUCCCCUGCACCAGGCGAGAGGCUCCGGGCCCGCCCCGGCCACUGGAGCUGAGCCCCAGGCACUUCAGGCUCGAGGAAACCCCGCCGUGGGCCCCACCUCGGCAGCAGGACCCCUCCCUGCCUGCCGCCCCAUCGCUGGGAUCCCAAAGCUGAGAGGUUUGGCCAGACCCCAGGACACCAGAAGACAAUCUCAUGAGGGCUGUGCCAGGGUGACUGACGGGGCUGCUGGUCGUGCCCUGGCCUGAGGUCAGCCA